AUGUCUGAACGAUUGGACGAGUCUACGCGACCCGCGAAACGCGCGCGACUCGACGAAAAUACCAACAUAUCCCUCCCCACAACCUCUCCUGCACCAGCUCAGACAGCUGCAAUACUUUCAGCGCCGGCGUCGGUUGACACGGAUCUGGAGCGCGAAGUACGCGCCGGUAUAACCGAGUAUGUCUGCCCGAACAACUUGGGUUUCACGGGUAUCUUGAAGCAGAGAUAUACGGAUUUCUUAGUCAAUGAGAUCGCGCUCGAUGGGCAGGUGCUGCAUUUGAAGAGCACCGAGGUGGAAGAGAAGAAGAAGCCUGUGAAAGAGAAUGUCCCGGCGGUCGAAGGUGCAGGCGAACACAAGUCAGAGAGCACAACAGCGACCGACGACAAGGUCGAUGCUGUUAUGCAGGAUGUGGGAGUCGCUGGUGAGACAACCCUCGCAGUACCGGAACCAGCAAAGGUUGAGGAUGCGCCGAAAGAAUCUGAGAACGAUGGGGAGCAGAUCAUUGGUAAACCAGCGGCAGCCAAGGAAGAGCCAGAAGAAGAGUUACCGGAAGACGAUCGCAACAUUCUACAUUCGAUAUUCGGCGAACAGACUACCGACGACAUCGUCAAACUUGUCCGACAAGUACGGAAACGCGAAUCGAAAAAAGCAAAGGACUUUAAAGCAGUCAUAUCAUCGCCCAUAACGGACAAGGACAAGCGCACACAGGCUCACCAGAGCUUGCGUCGCAUUUUCCCCAACUUGCUCGAGAGUGCUAUGGAGGAGAACCAAUGCAUACGCAUCAAGGCAACUCCCCCAGCGGAGCGCAAAAAGAAGAAGGGCAAGGGUGGUGGUGGGGAUCGACAAGACCAGGGACGGCGACGAGGAGGUCAGGAUUGGGAGGAGCUUGGUGGUGAAUACCUGCACUUCAACCUGUACAAGGAAAACAAGGACACAAUGGAGGUUGUUGGCUUCCUAGGAAGUAAGCUCAACUGUGGUGCCAAGGGUUUCGGCUUUGCAGGCACAAAAGAUAGACGAGCAUGCACUGUUCAGAGGGUCUGUGUCAGGCGCCAAACAGCGCAGCGCAUGCAAGCCUUCAACAAGACACUGUUCAAUGCUGCUGUAGGAGACUUUGAGUACCGCCACAACGACUUGAAGCUUGGAGACCUGAUGGGCAAUGAGUUCACCAUCACGCUCCGAGACUGCCACUUCCAGAGCGAAGAAGGAUUAGACUUUGUUCAAAGACGGCAACUCGCCAACGACGUGGUCAGCAAGGCAAUUAGUGACUUUUCCGAGAAAGCCACUGCUGUCCAGGUUUCCCAAGACGAUCGCAACCGUGCGCAAGCCCUCCACAUCUGGAAAACGAAAGGCAGCGGUGCCGAAGCCCUCGAAUUCUUGCCCCGCAAGUUUACAGCAGAGCGAAAUAUAAUCCAACAUCUCGGGUCCCGAAACAGCAAAUCCGGUCGCUAUGACCGCAAAACAGACUGGCAAGGCGCGCUCAUGACAAUUCCUCGUACACUGCGUCUCAUGUACGUUCACGCGUACCAGUCUCUCGUUUGGAACACCGUUGCGGGAAAACGUUGGGCUGAACACGGCGACAAGGUUGUUGAGGGAGACCUUGUUCUUGUAAACGAACACCGCGAUAAAGAAGAAAACGCCCCAUCCAAGACGACGACAUCAACACACGACCAGGACGGCGAACCCAUCAUAAACCCCUCCGGCACCGACUCCUCUCUCGCUCCCGAAGCAGAUUUCGAGCGCGCCCGUCCCCUCUCCGCAUCAGAAGCCGCGUCCGGAAAAUACAGUAUCUGGGACAUUGUCCUCCCACAACCGGGUUUCGAUGUCGAGUACCCGAGAAAUUCAAUUGGAGAGUUUUACAAGGAGUUCAUGGGUAGUGAGAAGGGUGGAGGACUUGAUCCCAUGGAUAUGCGGAGGACUUGGAGGGAGGUUAGUUUGAGUGGGGGUUACAGGAAGUUUUUGGCUAGGCCGCUGCAGCCUCUCACUUUUGAGGUGCAUGAGUAUAAGAAGGUGGAUGAGCAGUUUGUUGAGACAGACAUGCAGAGGCUGGGUCGGGAGAGGGACGUAGGCCACAAGGCUCAAGAGAAAGAGGACGAGAAGAAGGGAGAGAAUGCUGAUGCGCAAAUGGAAGAAGGGGAGGAGAAAGAAGAGACCAAAGAAGAAGAGGAUAAGAUUGCGGUUGUACUGAAGCUGCAGUUGGCGAGCAGUCAGUACGCUACUAUGGCGCUGAGGGAACUGAUGAAGGCUGGCGGUGUCAAGGCAUACCAGCCUGCCUUUAUGGGUGGCAGAUGA